CCGAGGAACCGAGCACGGUCGCGUGCGCAUGCGCAUGUUGCUCGAUCGCGGGGGCACAUCUGUUACCGCCACAAAGCCUCCCGCAAGCCACGCGCGACAACACGCGAUCUAGAUGAGAUAAUCUUCCAGGAGCUCUGUUUCCGGUGGGCUGAUGAGAUUUGUGCGUGCGAGCGCCGAUUGGCAAACUCUCAAGAUGAUCUGGCAGUAUUCGUGGCGAGUGCGAUAUCCUGUUUGAUUUUUGUCGAUGUUUGUCCGUCAUCGCAGGUGCCAGCAGACUUCAUCGCGCGGAAUGGCAAGAUUUGAGACGAGUUACACCCGAAGGCACAACGAUGGGUGAGCUCAGCAUGGUCGAAUGCCUCACAGGGUGUUACCAUGGCAGUAGAGAUACCCUUACAAAGACAAGAAUCCCAGAUAUUCUCGCCCCUCUUCAUUUGGUGCCCAAAAGCCUUGAUACUAUUCUAGAAUCUCGGACAAAUCAUGGCCAUUCCGUAGCAUUCCAAGCAAAACCUAUUAUUAUUAAUGGAUAACUUUCU